AGUUCAAAACUUCAAACUUCGAAGGGUAUCGCAAUUAUCAAGUGAAAAUCCAGGGGACUACGACUUUACAUCCAAAAUUUAAUCCGCAAAUUGUGGGGUCCUCGUCUCCAAAAUAAUAACUUCCAUGAAAUUUGCACCGCCAACUUCCAUCCCUUUUCCCCUUACCCUUGGUGGGCUCUCUGAAAAGUCCAUUUAAUAAAUUCCCGGCUAUGGCUUCUUCAAGGGAAUGGGCAAGUUUCAUAUCCUCCGUUGCUUCUUGCAUAUAUUUCCUCAUCAUCAUCUUUCAAGUUCCACUUUUCAGGGUCACGUGUAACUCUGGAAUAUGCAGAACACCUCUACAAGUGACAUGCUCACAAUUGAUUGCGAGUGAACUCUUUCCCGAAGUUGUAGUGAAGGCUCUGCUCUAUCCAGGAGCCAUUGCAAAUGCUUUCUUUAACAACAAGCCAAGCCCAAACUUCAACAACUUGCUAAAGUUAUAUAAGUUCACCAAUGUGAAGGCAGCUCCUGCAACAUCUGAUCUCCAGCGCAUAGAGGUUCUUGCGGGGAGUUAUUUAUCCAUUGCAGGAGCAAUUUUGGGUCUUUUAAAACCAGGGAGAAUGAGCCUUUUUGGUACACUUCUUAUAUUAUGGGGCCUCGUUAGGGAAGCCAUUAUGAGAAAAUCAACUAGCAUAGAUCCUGCGAGAGCAAUUUAUAUCUACCCAAUGAUGUUAAUAGCUGUCAUUUCUGCCUUCUUGUCUAUAAGAAAGGAUGUUAGAAAGAUAGUUCGAAGCUACAGAAGUAAGACAAACACAAAGCAUUCAUGGACUCGUUUAAAAGCAAAACAGGUAUGAGUCAUUGUGCCAAAAAUUGGAAUUUUGCUCAACCCAUCUCCCACUUUUUAAGGAGAUGGACUAGUUGUAGUUGAAAUGUUUCAUACAUAUAUAUGCAUGAGACAAGAUUUUGACUUGUAUAAGCAAAAUAGCGAAGAUAUCUUUAUCCUUUCUGGAUGCAUUGAGAAGAAAGAGAGGAAAUUUAAAUUAGUUGAAGACUCCUAUGAUGAAGUUGUUUUCCAGAAGCACUUUUCUUUGACUGGCAUUGAUGUAGAUCGGGAAGGUAGAAAUUCAUAGUCCUGUCUCCAUCUUGUUCUAUUUUCACCCAUCAAUUUAUAUCUUUUGUUUCGUGACA